CCAGCCAGACAGACACUCAUUCGCGUUUAUACCUUCGUCGACAAUCAAAGUACGCGGAGUAAUUGACUAAAAUAAAUACUUUUAACAAGUAAAAAAAUAAUUCGAAAAAAAGCCAACAAACAGUGUAAGAAAAACACUCUUGAAGCAAUAACAACAAAUUACAAAAUAAGAUAAAACAGUAACAGUAAAUACGAAUAAAUAGUAGAAUAGUACGUACGGUAUGUACAGUGUGAAUAAUACGCAAACAAAAAAAAAAACUAAGUAAAUAAAAAAAUAAAAAAAAAAUACGCAAAAAUUUUAAAACAAACGGCCAGCAGCAGCUGUUUUUCAUGAGGAGUACAAAACGAAUCCGAAUAACUUAAAAAAAUAACAAAAACUAUGUAUGUUUUCGAAUAAAACAGCAACAACAAUAACAAAAGCAUUGAAGCGGAAAUUAAACAAAACAAACAAAAACUACAACAAAAAAAAGCAAGCAGCAGCAUUUAGUUACGUUUUUCAUUUCAACUGGAAGCUUGUUUGAUUCACUGUUUGUUGUAUUAAACUAAACAACAAAAACAAAACAAUUUUAUUAUGAAGCUACAUGAGACGACACAACUGAUAAUACGGAUUGAAAAAUAAAGAAGAAAAUAACAAUAAUGAAAUGUUGAAAUAAAAAUAAUAUAAGAAAUUGUGAAAAAAAAUAAGUGAAUGAAAGAGAGUAAACAAAUAAACAACAAAAGUGCUUUAAAUAAUUAGCACAAAAUUAAAUUAUAUACUACAGAACCAACAACAGGUAAUACUACAAACAGCAAAAACAACAAAUUCAAAGAUAAAAGCCGAAAGAUGAUAAAUAAAUUAAACAAAAUCAAAAAUUCAACAUAAACAAAAAUUACCAAAAUGUGAUUAACCAAAAAUAAAUAAAAACAAUUUCUGUGAAAAGGUGAAUAAUUAUUUCAUUAAUUAAAUACAAAUUAGUAAAAAAUAAUAAUAUUAAAAAAUAAAAAAAAAUAAAACAAUGUCUUCAAGUUUAACCGAAAAUUUAAAACUUGAAAUUUUUCAAACACAAAAAGAGCUGCAACUGGUCAAUAAUAAUAGUUCAACGGAUUUGGAACAGCAACAAAAAGUUGCAGAAACCAAAACAACGAAAUCGUCUUUAGCAACAAAAAGUUUUGACAACUCGCGUUCUUCCGAUAGCGGCAAAAGCAGCAGUUGCAGUCCCAUUUUAUUGGACUGCAGCUUCGAUAGUGGCAUUGCAGGCGUUCUACUGGAUAGCAACGAAAUGCAACUACACAAGCGUAUACAACAAUGUCAGUGUAUACUAUUAGCAUUGGAACGUGAUCGAGAAUAUUUUUUUACAAUAAGAAACCGAUUAAGCAAAAUCACCAAUAGAAAAAAGAAGCAAUCCAAUGAAAAUGAAUUCUUUUGCAAUGUCUGCUGUGCAGAAAUUGAUCCAGAAGAUGAUAAAACAUUUGUAAAAUGCUAUAUCUGUCAAAAAUAUAUUUGUCGCAGUAUUAAAUGUGCAGAUUGGCUGCCAAAAACUGCUGAAUGGGAAUGCGAGCUGUGUCAAACAUCCAAAGAAUCUCUGGCUCAAACUUCAUCAUGGGUGGCUGAUCAGAUAUCAUUUCAUCAAGAGAAAUUAAUACAUCCGCCAAGAGCCAGAAGUGAAAUUUACAUUCCCAUAAGUGAAUGUAAUGACAGUUCUAUACAUUUUGAAAGUGUUAGUCAAAUUGGUGCUAAUUCUGCUACGAUAACAGCUGAGCAAAAACUCAAAAUACGAGAAUAUGUCGAAGAAGUUGUCGCCAAAUUAUUGGGAGGUAAUUUGGAUACGAUCGCUGUCAAUCAAUUGUCAAAAAGUGAAAAUUAUCUUAACUUGUUUCACAAGUAUCACUCAAAAUUGAGUAAUAUUUUAAUAAAUCUGGAAAAUGUUUUAACAUUUUACACACACAAUCAUGGCGAUUUACCUGAUCCCAAAAAUGACCUCAGUCACAAUGGAAUAUCUGGAGAAUCAGUACGUAUCAGAGCAAGCAAUAAUGAUUUCACAGACAUUUCUGAGACGCGUUUGCGUCAGAUGAUACAAAAAAUUAUUGCGGAAACAAUUAGUUUACCACCGUUAUCAAAAAGUCAUGCUGUAUCGGAAAUUGCACUCGAUAGACGCAGCAAAGCGAGCGAUAAUAGACCAUUGGCCAACGGUUGUUAUCCAAGACAUCGUACAGAGCAUUAUUUUGAACCGACAAUAUAUCAAGAUCUACUAGCAACGGCUGUCUUGAAUAAGAUUGUGGAUAAACAAUUAAAUAAUAAUCAUGAGAUUACUGAAACUGAUACCGGUGGUGGUGGCGGAGAUGAAGAAGGUGAAGAUGUGAAUGAUAAUAUUAGGCUUGCAGAAUCAGAUCAAAACUUUAACAUUGAAAAAUUAUCGACCACAUCUGGAAGUUCUGUAGAGCCUCGAAGUGAUUGCAGUUAUCCAGAAGCGGAACAAUUACUCAACACCAAUGAUGACAAAUCUUCAGAAUUGAUUCGAAACUCUGAUCGGGACUCGGUAAUGAGUGAUUAUUUGGCUUCUCACUUAAUACCUUUACCCGAUUUAAACGCAAUAGCUACAGAAUCGGAAGAAGAAGAUUACAUGUCGGUAACGUCUAGUGCCAUUGGUGAUGGUACUUGGGAGACAAAUUGGUUGUUUAAAAAGAAGAAAUCGGGCUUAGGUAGCUCUGUUACUACAAAUAGUGUUGGCAUGUUAGUGCCGGACCCGAAAGAAGAUGUACGUGCCCAAAUAGGUGAUAAAACUGCUGAUGAAGUUAGUGAUUUGUCCGAACUUGGAUCGGAUACUGAUGAUUCACUGGAUAGUUUGCGAUCAAAAUUAGAACCGAUCAAUGAUCGCCUGGCAAACAAACAUUUAAUAGGCGGCCAAAACAAUAAAAUGGUAUUGGAUGAACUUAUUGAACGCAGCAGUAUGAUAUCCAAUACGUUGCAAAGCAAUCAGGAUAUUUUGGAUGCAUGUAACGAACAUGUUAUCGAUGCUCCAACAAAAACUGAAGCCAUAAAUGAUAAUGUAACUCAACAAGACAUUACACUGGAGCAAAAUGGUCCUAACCUUAGAGGGGCCUUAUGUUCAGUUGUACUCGAAGACCAGAACAGCAACUCAUUAGCGGCCAGCGACGAUACUUCUGAAUCUGAUGGGUGUAUUGGUUUUAGUGCCAUAGAAAUCAUAGAACCUACCCCAGAUACACCUUCAGUUGUUGAAAUUUUAGCUGCUAUGGCUUUAGGUCCCAUGCUGGCUGUUCCGACACUUGAUCAGCCAGCAACAUUAACUGUUUCAGACUUUAAUGUUUUUACUGAUUUAAAGGAAUUGGCCUUAGCAGAAAUUAAAGCACGCUCAUUGGAAUUAACUCCUCGUAAUUUGGAUGUAAUUCCAGAAGAAACGGUGGAUGUUAUAAAUCAAACCGAUAAUGUUAUUGAUUCUAAAAAUAUGACAACUUUAGAUGAAACUGAGCUCAGUGAAAAUGAAACGAUCGUAAAUUCACCUGAAUUAUCCUCAUCAAUUUCUGAACUAAAUCAACAAAAUUCACCUGAAACUAAAGAAUCCUCAAGCGGCAAAUCAACCAACGAAAUCAUUUCGCAUCUUGCAACAUUAACGAGCACAAAAUUUAUUUCCGGUAAUUCGCAUUUAAACAUUGAUGAAAAUACUGAUACAGAACUAUUGCCUACUGAAGAAAUCCUCUCAUCUGAUAAAGAAAGAACAAAUGAACAAAUGUUGACGGAAACACAGUCGGAGAGAUGUGACAAAGAUAUUUCUGAUUCCCCCAAACACGAAAUAUUAUCGUCGGAUUUAGAAUCUAAUGACCAUGCCAAUGCUGAAAUGCACACUAAUAAUGAUAAUCUAAGUGAAUGUUUGCAAUCCAAUAAAGAUCCAACACAACAAGGUGAUGUGAUUAGGAAACAAGAAUCAUCUGAAAUGCAACUGCAAGAUGAUUCAGACUCUAAAAACACAGAAGAUAAUUCAAACCCACCAAUUCCUUUAGAUGAACCGUCCAAAACUGAAGACAAUACACCGAAAGAAUAUUCCAAGGAACUCGAUAAAACAACACCGAAUUUUGAAAACAAAACAGAGGAAACUCUAUCAAACGAAUCAAUCAAUGAAGCAGCAAUACACACCGAACAUAAUGAAAAAGCUCCGGAAGAACAAUCUUCCGAUGGCAGUUCUAAAAUUCAAGAAUCAAAUGAAAGUUUAAGUGAAGAAGUACAAUCAUCUGAAAUACAACUAAAAAUCGAAUCUAAACAUGAAGAUAAUAUUUUAGCACCUGCAGAAAAUAUUUCUAUAGGGCAGUCUUCUGAACCACAUACCUAUCAAAGUGCUUCUGAAGAACCAUUAUCUACAGAAUCCUUUUCGCAAUCCCAAACGAUUGAUGAUAUAUCGGAUAAAAAUUCAAAAGUAUUUGACGAAACUAAUUUUAAUGAAGAAAAUACCCCUGAAACACAGACUGAACAAAAUGUAAACUCUUCCGAAGAACAGUCAGCUGAAAAGCCACAAGAAAGUGAAGUAAUUAAUAAACAAGAAUUAGAUUCUCCAUACGACGAAACUACAGCCGAGAGUACACACAUCAAAGAGGAAUCCACAGCUGAAUGUCAUAUUUCAAAAGAUGAUGCAAAAAUACUCCAGAUAUUCUUUGAAACACAUACUGAACCAAAUAAAACAAUUUUAGAAGAACAAUUGUCCGGGAUACCAAUUGAAUGUAACAACUCAGAUUCUACAAAAAGUGAAACUAUACCAUCGUGUACAGAAAGUUUAAAAACAUUUGACGAUACCGCUACUAAUGAACUGUCUGCUAUAACACAAACUGAACAAAAUGUUAAACCUACGGAAGAACUAAUUGGUUCAAAUAUCCCACCAGAUUGUAUAUCAAAUUUUUCUAAUACAGAAUUUGUAUCUACAUGUGCAGAAUCCAGCGUGGAAACCAAAACUGAAAAUAAUAUAUCAACCAAUUCAGAAGUUCUCGUCGAAUCAAUUUCUCAAGAACAUUACGAAAGUAAUGAAACGUUUUUGGAGGAACAAUCAUCUAUAGCAUCCAAUUUACAAUCCAAAUCUGAAGAUAACGUAUCAACUGAAAUUUUAAAAGUGCUCGAUGAAACAACUUCUAAAGUACAGCCAAUGAAGACUAAUUCAGAUUCACCGAUUAGUGAAGCUUCAUCCUCUUGUACAGAAUUCAAAGUCGAGUCCAAUACAGAAAAUGAAACAAUUUCUAGAGAAAAAAUAUCAUUGACACAGUCGGAAGAAAAGAUACCAACUGAAAGUAAUUUAGAUUCUCUGAACAAUGAAACUGGAUCCGAGGGUACAGAAAUCAAAGUGGAAUUAGAAACUAAUGAUAAUAUAUCAAAAGAAACUGCAAAACCACUCAACGAGAUAGACUUAAAUAAGCAGUCCCUUGAAACAUUGAGUGACCAAAAUAUAAUAUCUUCGGAGGAAAAUUCAAGUGAUAUUGCAGAAAAAAAAAUUAUAGAUUCUUCGAACAGUACAGCUAAAUCUGAGUGCACAGAAUUAAAAAUUCAGUUCAACACUGAAGAUAAUUUAUCAUAUUCGGAGGAACAAUCAUCAGAUAUGACACUGGAAAGUAAAUCAGUUUCACCGAAUACAAAAGUAACAUCCAAUACAGAAUGUGAUAUAUUAAUAGGAAACUCAAAAUUACUUGACGAAACAAUUUGUAUAGAGAAGUCUGAGGCACAGACGGAAGAAGAAACACUGGAAAGCAAACCAGGUUCACCGAAUACAGUCACAUCCAAUACAGAAUGUGAUAUAUUAAUUGAAAACUCAAAAGAAGAGAAGUCUGAGGCACAGACGGAAGUAGAGAUAACAACUGAACGUAACUUAGAUUCUUCGAGCCAUGAAACCAUAUUCGAGGUUACAGAUAUCAAAGUGGAAUCAGAAACUGAUGAUAAUAUAUCAAAAGAAACUGCAAACCCACUCAAGGAGAUAGACUUAAAUAAGCAGUCCUCCAAUCCUUCGAACAAUGAAACCGGAUCCGAGGUUAUAGAAGCUUCUGAAACACAGAAUGAACAAAACGUAAUUUCUUCGGAGGAAAAAUCAUCUGAUAUCGCAGUUAAAAAUAAUUCAGAUUCAUCCAGUGAAGAUCCAUCCGCGUGUAGAGAAUUCAAAGUCGAAUGCGAAGCAAAUGAUGAUAUAAUAACUGAAAAGUCAAAAGGACUUCAUGAAACAAUAUCAAGGGAAGGGUCUUCUGAGGCACAGACAGAAGAAAAUAUUACAACUGAAAGUAAUUCAGAUCGUACGAACCAUGAAACCGGAUCCGAGGUUGUAGAAAUCAAAGUGAAAUCAGAAGCUGAUGAUAAUAUAUCAAAUGAAAAUUUAGCCCCACUCAAUGAGAUAGCUUUAAAUAAACAGUCUUCUGAAACACAGAAUGAGCAGAAUGUAAUAUCUCCAGAGGAAAAAUCAUCUGAAAAAUCUGAGUGUACUGAACUAAAAAUUCAAUUCAACAUUGAAGAUAAUAUACCAAACGAAAAUUCAGAAAUAUCUGACUAUAGAAAUUCUCAAGAACAAUUAUCUACAGAAUCCAAUUUUACCACUGAAAUUGAUGAUAGUGUAACAAAUAAAAAUUCGACAGUACUUGACAAAACAAUUUGUAAAGAGCAGUGCUUCGAAACUCAGACCGAACAAAAUAUAACAUGUUCGGAAGAACAUUCGUCAGAUAUGCCACUAGAUAGUAGUUUAGAUUCACCAAACAGUAAAGAUCCUUCCGCGUUUACAGAAUUUAAAGUCGCAUCCAAUACAGAAUGUGAUAUAUUAAUUAAAAACUCAAAAGGAAUUGAUGAAAUAGUUUCUAAAGAGAAGUCUGAGGCACAGACGCAAGAAAAGAUAACCACUGAAAGUAAUUUAGAUUCUGUGAACAUUGAAACCGUAUCCGAUGUUACAGAAAUCACAGUGGAACUAGAGACUAACGAUAUUAUAUCAAAUGAAAAUUUAAUCCGUCUCAAUGAGAUAGUUUUAAAGGUACAGUUCUCUGAAACGCAGACUGAACAAAAUUUAAUAUCUUCGGAGAAAAUACCAUCAAAUAUACCAAUGGAAAGUAAUUCUGAUUCACCGAAAGAUGAAGAUAAGUCUGAGUUUACUGAAUCAAACAGUCUGUUUAAAAGUGAUAAUAACAUUCCAAACGAAAAUUCUAACGUAUCGAACGAAACAAUAUCUCAAGAACGAUCCUCUGAAACACAGACUGAACAAAAUGAAAGAAUUUCGGGAGAACUAGAUAAUUGUUCAGAAUCUAAUUUGAAAACCAAAAUUGAUGAUAAUGUUAUAAAUGAAAAUUUAAAAGUUCUCGUCGAAACAAUUUCAAAAGAGCAGUGCUUUGAAACUCAGACCGAGCAAGACAUAACAUUUGCCGAGGAACAAUCAUCAAAUAUUGCAGAAUCACAAAACAGUGAAGCUGUUUCCAAUACUGAGGAAAAUAUAGCAAACGUAAAUUCAAAAGCAUUUGAUGAAAGAAUUUCUGAAGUGAACUCUUCGGAAUCACACGCUGAAGAAAAUAAAACAACUGAUAUACCAGUGAACACUAAUUUAAAUCCUCCAGAUAAUAAAGCCCCAACCGAUUCUACAGAAAUUACUGUAGAAUCAGAAACUGAUGAUAACAUAUCAAAUGAAAUUCCGAAACCACUUAACGAAAUAAUUUCUAAAGAGCAGUGCCUAGAAAGACAAACUGAACAAAUUGUGGAAAAAUCAUCCGAUAUAGCUCUGGAAAGUAAUUCAGAUUCAAUAAAAAAUGAAGCAGAACUCACGUGUCCAGAACUCAUCGUCGAAUCGAAAUCAAAUGAAAAUUUAAAAGUACUCGAUGAAACAAUUUCUCAAGAACAAUUCUCUGAAACAAAAACGGGAAACAUUGAAAAAGUUUUAGAAAAAGAUUUAUUUACUGAAUGUCAAGUGCAAUCCGACAAUUUAAAAGCUCUUGACGACGAAACAAUUUCUCAAGAACAAUACUUUGAAACAAAGAUCGAUCAAAAUGAAACAGUUUUGAAAGAACAAUUAUCUGCAGAAUCCAAUUUACAAUCUAAAACAAACUCAAAUAUAUGUGACAAAAUAGUUUGUCAUGAACAACACUCGGAAAUACAAAGCGAAAUAGUUUCGGAACAACAAUUAUCGACGGAAUCCGAUGUGAACACAAAACCUAAUGAUAAUAUAUCAAAUGAAAAUGCAGAAGCACCCAUCGAAACAACUUGUAAAGAUCAGUCCUUUAAAACACAAAUUGAACAAAAUACAGUAUCUUCGGAAGAACAGUCGUGUGAUUUACCACCCGAAUGUGAUUCAGAAUUCAAAGCCGAAUCCAAUACUAAAGAUGAUGUAUCAAAUGAAAAUUCUAAAACAGAUGAAAUAAUUUUAAUAGAGCAGUCCACUGAAACACAGUCUAAUCAAAAUGUUAUAUCCUCGGAGGAAAAAUCAUCCGAUUUAGCAUUAGAUAAUAAAUCUGAUUCUCCGAACAAUGGAACCGAAUCCGCAGUUUCCAAAACUGAAGUUAAAAUACAGAUUGAAGAAAAUGUAACAUCAUUUGAGAAACAAUCGUGUGAAAUACCACUGGAAAGUAAUUCGGAAUCUUUAUUUAUUGAAGCUGUAUCUGCAUGUACAGAAUCCAUAGUUGAAUCCUAUAAUACAAAUGAUAUAUCAAGUGAAAUACAUGACGAAAACAUUUCUGAAGAACAAUCUUCAAUUAUAAAAGUUGUACCUGCAUUUACAGAAUCUAUAGUUGAAUCCAAUACCACAGAUGAUAUAUCAAAUGAAAUACAUGACGAAAACAUUUCUGAAGAACAUUCUUCUGAGUCGAAGGAAAAUACAGCAACUGGUAUUCCUCUGGAAAGUAAUUCUGAUUCUGCAAACAAUGAAUUUACAUCCGAGAUCCGAGAAAUCAAAGUAGAAUCAAAUAUUGAUGAUUGCAUUUCAAAUGAAAAUUCAAAACCUCCCAGCGAAAUAAAUUUGAUACAGCAGUCCUCUGUACCACUGGCUGAAGGAAAGGAUGAAGCUCUAGUGGAUAAUCUAAAUUCUACAAAAAGUGCAGAUUUAAACAUCGCAUCCGGAACUGAACAUAAUAUAUCAAAUGAAAAUUUUAAAGUAAUGAACGAUACAAUUUCUGAAGAACAAUCACCAGACACACAGACUGAACGAAAUGAAGCUGUUUUGGAAGAACAUGUUUGUACUGAAUCCAAUUUACAAUCCAAAACUGAAGAUAUCGUUUUAAAUGAAAAUUUAAAAGCACUCAAUGAAACAAUUUCCAAAGAGCAGAGCCAUAAAACACUGACUGAAACCACUGUAAAAUCUUCAGAGGAACCAUCAUCUGAUAUCUCACUUAAAAGUACUUCAGAUUUACCCAGCUUCACUCCAUCAAAUGAAAAUUCAAAAUACCUUGAAGAAAUCAUUUCUGAAGAACGUUAUUCUGAAGACUCUGCAAAUACAACCACUAAUAUUCCAAUGGAAAAUAAUUCAGAUUCUACGAACAAUGAAGCUCCGUCCCAGGUUACAGAAAUAAAAGUGGAAUCUAAAACUGAUAAUAACAUAUCAAAUGAAAUGUCUAAACAGUUCAAUGCAAUAAUUUUAACAAAAGAGCCCCUUGAAACACAGACUGAACAAAUGGAGGAAAAAUCUCCCGAUACAGCCCUGGUAUGUAAUUCAGAUGGUAUAAAAAAUGAUGCAGUGCCCACGUGUUCAAAAAUCAUCGAAUCGAAAACUGAAAACAUAUCAAAUGAAAAUUUUGAAAUAGAAUCAGUAGUGGAAGCCAAAACUGAAACUAAUGUAUUAUUCGAAGAUUCAAAAGUACUCAACGAAGAACAAUCUUCUGAAACACAGGCCGAACCAAAUGAAACAGUUUUAAAAGAACAAUUAUCUACGCAAUCCGAUUUACAAUCAAAAAUUGAAAAUGACCUAUCAAAUGAAAAUGUAAAAGAACUUGACGAACCUAUUUCCAAGGAGCAGAGCCUACAAUCUGAACCCACUGCUUUAUCUUCAGAGGAAAAAUCAGUGAACGAAAAUUCUGACGCACAGACAAUAAAAAAUACAAUAAGUAAUAUUCCACUGGAAAGCAAUUUAGAUUCUAUGGAAAAUGAAGUAACAGAAAUUAAAGUGGAAUUUAACACUUAUGAUAGUAUAACAAAUGAAAGUUCAGAAGCACUAAACAUUUUAACAGAGUCACCUAAGAUACAGACUGAACAAAAUAUAUUAUGUUCGGAGGAAAAAUCUGCAGUGGGCAUGGAAAGUAAUUCAGCAGUACCCUCUUGUACAGAAACCAUAAUUGAAACCAAAAUUGUAAAUAAUAUAUCAAACGAAAACUCAAAUAUACUUGAUGAAACAAUUUCUCGAGAACAAUUAACAGACACACAGACUGAACAAAAUGAAUCAGUUUCGGAAGAACAUUUAUGUACUGAAUCUAAUUUACAAUACAAAACUGAAGAAGCCAUUUCAAAUGAAAAUUUAAAAGCAUUCGACAAAGCAAUUUCCGAAGAGCAAAACCACCAAACACACACAGAACCAAUUGCAAUAUCUUCAGAAGAACAAUCAUCUGAUAUUCCACUUAAAAGUAAUUCAGAUUUACCGAAUAUUGAAAAUUCAAAAGAAAUCAUUUCUGAAGAGCUGUUUUCUGAAGCUUGUGCAAAUACUGAUAUUCCACAGGAAAAUAAUUCAGAUUCUAAGAACAAGGAAGCUGCAUCCCAGGUUACAGAAAUCAAACUAGAAUCUAAACAAAAUGAACAAAUUGAGGAAAAAUCACCCGAUGUAGUACCCACGUGUUCAGAACUCAUCGUCGAUUCGAAAUCUGAAAACAAUGCAUCAAAUGAAAAUUUGAAUGUUCUUGACGAGACGGUUUCUCAAGAACAAUUCUCCGAAAUAAAAGAACGAAUUGAAACAGUUGCAGAAGAAGAAUUACCCGAAAAAGACAAUAUACAAUCUAAAACUGAUGACGAAAAUAUAAAAGAACUCGACGAAACAAUUUCUCUGGAACAUUCCUCUGAAACACAGACCAAAGAAACUGAAACAGUUUUGAAAGAACAAUUAUCUACAGAAUCCAAUAUACAAUCUAAGACUGAAGACAACGUAUCAAAUGAAAGUUUUAAAGUACUCGACGAAAAUAUUUCUGAAGAGCAGAUCCCUAAAACACUAACUGAACAAAACGCAACAUCUUCGGAGGAUAGAUUAUGUGAUAUCCUACAGGAAAGUCAUGUUGAUUCACCGAAUAAUGAAGUUCCAAUCUCUUCUUCUGAAGUACAAACAACUGAUAAUGCACUGGAAAGUAAUUCAGAUUCUACAAACAAUGAAGUUGCAGAAAUCAAUACAGGAUCUAUAUCUGAUGAUAAUGUAUCUAAUAAAAAUUCAAAACCACUCAACGAAAUAAUUUUAACAGAGCAGUCGCCUGAAACACAUAUUAGCCCAAAUGUAAUAUCUUUGGAGGAAAAACCAUCUGAUAUAGCAUUGGAGAGUAAUUCAGAUUCUACAAAAAGGGAAGAAGUACUCGAGCGUACAGAACCCAUAGUGGAACACAAAGCUGAAAAUAAUAUUUCAGACGAAAAUUCAAAUAUACUCGACGAUACAAUUUCUCAACAACAAUACUCUGAAACAAACACACAACAAAACAAUUCGGUUUCGGAAGAACAAUUAUAUACUCAAUCCAAUUUAAAAUCUAGAACUGAAGAUAACGAAACGAAUGAAAAUUUAAAAGCCUAUGACGAAAUAAUUUGUAAAGAGCAGGCCACUGACACACAGACUUUAAAAAGUACAAUAUUUUUAGGGGAACAGUCAUCUGAUAUUCCAUUAGAAAGUAACACAGAUUCACUGAAUAUUGAAGCCGCUCCAGCGUGUACAGAAUUCAAAGUUGAAUCCAAAACAUCAAAUGAAAAUUUAAAAUGUCUUGACGAAACAAUUUCUGAAGAGAAGUUUUCUGAGGCAAAUGAAAAUUCAAAAGUACCAAUCGAAACGAUUUCUCAAGAGCAAUCCUAUGAAUCGAAGAUCGAACACGAUGAAACAUUUACGGAAGAUCAAUUAUCUGCUGAAUCUAAUGUACUGGAAAGUAACUUAGAUUCUAUAACAAAUGAAUCUCCAAUCCCGUGUAGAGAAUCAAUAGAAGAAAAAUCAUUUGAUAUACUGAACAUUAUUUCAGAAUCUUCGAAUAUGGAUGCUGUAUCCAAGUCCAAAGUGGAUUCUAAAUCUAAAGAUAAUUUACCAAAUGCAGUAAUCGAUGAACAAUCUUCUAAAACACGUGGCAAAAAUGAAAAGGUUUCAGAAGAAUUAUUAUCUACAACAGUUUCUCAAGAAGUGACUUCUGAAACGCGAACUGAAAAUACUGUAACAUUUUUGAGUGAACAUUCCUCUGAUAUAGCGCUUGAAUCUAAUUCAAAUUUACUGAACACUGAAACUGUAUCCGAAUCUAAAACUGAAGAUAAUAUUGCAGACGAAAAUUCGAAAAUACUCCCCGAAAAAAAUUCUCAAGAAAAUUCCUCUGAAACACACAUCGAACAAAUUAAAACAGUUGUAGAAGAACAAUUAUCUACAGAACACAAUUUGCAGUUAAAGACUGACGAUCAAUUGAUAUCACAUGAGAAUUUAAGAGAACUUGGCGAUAAAACAAGUCCAAAAGAACAGAUUUUUGAAACACUAAUAGAUAAAAAUGAAACACUUUCAACAGAAGAAUCAACUAAAAAACAAAUUGAUAUCAGUUUAGAUACCUCUCCAGAAUCAAAUUUGCAAUCCAAAAUUGAAGAUAGUAAAAUAGAUGAGUAUUCAAUAGAACCCAAAGAAAAAACUUGUAAAGAGCAAGCCGAACAAAAUGAAAGGUCUUCGGUAGAACACUUAUCUGAUAUACAAAUGCAUUGUAUUUCUGAACUUACAAAUAGUGAACCCCCAUCUGCAUGUUCAGAAUCUAUAACGGAAGUGCUCGAUAAAAUUAAUUCUGAUUUAGAGUCGGGGUUAAAUGAAAAAAAUUCUGCAGAACAAACAUCUGAAAUAACAGUGGAUAUUAAUUUAGAUUCUACGAAGAGUAACGAUUUUAGUGUUUCUUCAGAAUCCAACGUACAAAUCAAAACUGAAGAUAAUAUAUCAAAUGAAACGAAGUCGGAUCAAAACGAAAUAAUUUCGGAGGAACAUUCAUCAAAUAUACGAUUGGAAAAUAAUAUAGUUAAUGUAGAUGUGUCUACACGUGUAGAGUCGGAGCAAAACGAAAAAAAUUCAGAAGAACAUUCAUCAAAUAUACGAUUGGCAAAUAAUUUAGACAAUGUAGAUGUGUCUACUUGUGUAGAGUCCAAUACAGAAUCCAAAAAUGUGGAUAAUAUCUCAAAUGAAAGUUCAACUGAAAUCGACGUUACAAUUUGCAAGCCGACCAAAAUAUCACACAGUUCGACAAAAGAAUAUUCUGAAAUGCCAAUAGAGUCUAAUAUGGAAUCCAAAAUGGAAAAUAAUGAACAGACAGAACAAAUUUCUGAAUUACCACUUGAGGAACAAAAUGAAAUUGUAUCAAAAGAAAAACCAUUAGAAAUACUACAGGACGAUAAUAUAAACAAUUUGAAAAAUGAAGUUGAAUGUUCUCAAUCCAAUAUGGAAUCCACCGUUGAAUACCCACAUUCGAACGCAUUCGGAGAUACAAUUUCUAAUGAGCAGUUAAAACAAAGUGAAAUAGUAACAAAAGACCAGUCUGUUUUACAAUUGCAAAACCAGGAAGAUUUAAAACACAAAGCAGAAAAUUUAGAAGUAAUUGAAGAAACAAUUUCGACGGAACCAUCAGCGGAAAUGCCACAGCCUCAAAAAGCUAUAACUUUAGAAUUAAAUUUCAAAUCAAAAACAGAAGACAGUGACUCAGAUAUACAAAAAACACUAAACGAAACAAUAUCUUCGGAAUUACAGAUAAAAACAAACAUUCAUUUGACAAAACAAAAAUCCUCUGAAAUAAAACAGGAAGAAAUAUCAGGCUUAAAUUCUGAGGAUAUCAUUUCAAAUAAAGAUUUAAGAUUAUUUGACGAGGGAAUUCCUGAAGUAAUUAUAACAAAACAAUCAUCAGAAACACCACAACAAAAAAAUUCGGACUCUACAAAUGGUGAAUCUUUAUCCCCUAACGAUAAAUCAACACUCGUAAUUUCAUGUGAAACUGAUGCAACAGCAGAACAAAAUAAAAUAGUUUUAAUAGAAAUUGUUUGUACAAAAGAAUCGUCUGAAAAAGUGCUUGAUAAUAAUUCAGACUGUACAAUAUUUAAAACAUUAUCAGUUUCUUCAGAAUCCUAUCAGCAAAACAAAAUUGAAGAUAACGCAUCAAAUGAAAAUUUAAGGAAUCUCGAUGAAAUAAUUCCAAAAGGGCUUUCAUCUGAAACAUGUAUAGAAGAAAAUAAAGCGGUUGUGGAAAAGCAAUCAUCUGAAAUACCUGGAGAAGAUAAUUUAGAAUGUACUUCCACUGAAGUUCUUUCUGUGUGUUUAGAAACUAAUGUACAAUUAAAAGUCGAAGAUAAUAUAUCAAAUGUAAAUUCUCAAGUUCUUACCGAUAAUAGUUCUAAAGACCAAAUUGUUUUCAAACAGCAAUCAUCUGAAAUACAUGGCAACUCAGACUCUACGCACAAUGAAUCAUUGUGUGCGUGUUUCGAAAGUAAAUCUCAGUGCAAAUCUGAUGAUGAAUUAGUACAAGAAAACUCCGAUCAAAAUGUUUUACUGGGAUGUUUUCCUAGAGUUUUGUGUCCUUGCCUCGAACCUAAUAAGCAAUCCAAAACAUAUGAGGAUACAUCAAUAUGUAAACAUAUAAUAGGUGAAACUAGGCAGAAUGAAGUUACUUUGAAACAAGAGUCAUCUGAAAUACCUUUAGAAGUUAUUUCAAACUCCAAACAAUGUUUGGAAUCGUGUGUACCCACAAUUGAGAACAAAUCUUCAGCAAAUAAUGACAAAUUGCCUCCGAAUUCGGAGGCAAAAACUGAAGACAAUUCUACGGAAGAAGAUUCAGCUGAUAUACAGCUACAGAAUAAUGACCAAUAUAUGGAAGAAAACUCUGCUUUAUCCCUAAUUUCAGAAUCAAAAACUGACGACAAUUCAGCUGGAAAACAUUCAUUCAUAGUUACUGAAACUGUUGAGAAGAAAAAUUCUUCUAACAACGAUGCUUUGUGUCCUCAUUCAGAAUCAACAACUGAAGAUAAUUCAGCCGAAGAGCAUUCAUUGAUAGUCACUGGAACUUUUGGUAAUGAACAGCCCAAAACUGAACAAGAAUAUUUUUUAUCUGCAAAUUCAGAAGCAAAAACUGAUUAUAAUUCAGUAGAAGAAAUUUCAAUUACACUCAAUGAAAAUAUCGGGAAUGAACAGACCAAUAAUGAGGAAGAAUCUUCAUCAAAAAAUAAAGCUUUAUGUAAAACCUCAGAAGUAAUAAGUGAAAUCAAUUCAGUGGAAGAGCAUUCAACUACACUCACUGAAUCUGUCGGGAACGAGCAGGCCAAAAUUGAGGAAAAAACUUAUUCGCAAAAUGACGCUUUAUCCCCAAAUUCAGAAACAAAGGCCGACGACAGUUCAGCGGUAGAGAAUUCAACUAUACUCACUGAAACUGUUAAGAAUGAACAGCCCAACUUUGAGAAGAACACUUUUUCCCAAAAUUACGCUAUGACUGAAGACAAUUUAGCGGAAGGAUAUUCAAUUGUACUCGAUGAAACAAUUGUGAAGGAAAGUCCAGUUGAAGUACAUCUGCAACAGAAUGAAAUUGUUUCAAAAGAACAUAAGGUGGAAAGCAUCUCUAAUAAAACCUUGUCUGAAAAUAAAAAGUCUAACGCGCAAUCUGAAACUGUAGAAAAUAUAUUAGAUAAACAUUCAAAAACACCAGAUGAGAUAAAUUCCAAUGAAGAAUCUGGCGAAAUAGAGUCAACUCAAAUUAUAAUACUUUCAAGUGAACAAACAGCUGAAAUAGCGCCAAAUAUUAUUUCAAACACCAAAGAUAUAUUAGAAGAAGUUGGCAAAUCGCCUGUGCCUCCAAUCCUAUCGGAAGCAUCAGAAGCUAAAAGUACUACACUGGUACCAGAUGUACGUGAUAAACCAGUGGAACUUGCAGUUUCACUAGAUGAUUCCCCUACAAUAUCUAGACAAACUACCGUUGUAAAAAUUGAAAACGAAGAUAAAGUUGAGGAGGUCAAUAAUAAAGCAGCAGAUUCAAUAGUAUCUGCCACCAAUCAACCACCAGGUAACCACAAUAUAACAAAGAAACUUCAACGACAGUGUAGAGUGGAAGACACAACACCGAGUUUUGAAGAUGUAAGUCCACAAUCAUUGCCACAGACAACGCCACCGAGCACUUUGGCUGGCUUAUGCCAAAAAUUCAUCCAUGACAAACAUCUUUUGAAUGCGCUUGAAAACCGACGACGUCGAACCCUACUCAUGCAUAGAUUUUUAAGUACCCUUGAUUUGUCAAAUUCCACUGAUGAUAGUAUGGAGGAAGCUAACAAAGUCCAUACUGAGGUACUAGUUACAGAAAAUCCAGUAGUUUGUGAAAGCUUUACACUUUCUCAUGAUCACGACAGUGAUUAUGAAGACUGUAGUGAUUCGUUUAUUUUCGAAAUAAACGAUCUCGAUAAGAUUUCAUAUAAUUUCAUUAAUAAUAUUCUCUUCUCAGAUCAAUUAAGUCAUGAUUCCAAACCAUCUGCUGAUAGUCGAACUAACACUAUUGAGGAAUAUAUUGAUAAUGAAAAUGAUGAAAAGGAUAUUUUAGCUUUUAAUUUUAACAACAAUUCUACUACUAACCCAACUACUACUAUUAUUACUACUACUCCUCCUACUAAUUUAUCCACAGAAAUUAGAUCUAAGGCAUAUACUACUAAUAAUCCUAAUAAUAAGACUAACAAUCAUAAGCAACCGAUCACUAUCAUAAGUGAUGAUCCUACAAGAACUACAACUAACCAGAAGCAUCAAUAUGAUCUACUAACAAGCGCAGUUCAAAAUAAAGAAACUUCUAACUCUAAUUCACAAUGUGUUCAGCAAUUCAUUAACAAUGAUCAAGUAAACCUAGAAAUACUAACAGAUGAUAAUGGUCAUAAUGGUAUUCAUGUCGGUGUUGAUGAUGGUGCCAAUAGAGAUGAAGAAGAAGAUGAUGAUGUGGCUAUUUUGCGACAUUUUGUACCAGGUUCUAUAGCAGAACGUGAAUACAAAAAAUGGUAUAAUGCUGUCGAAAUGCCAAAUAAUCCAUAUGCUCCCGAAGCUCUGAAAAGACGUAUCAGUGGUAGCCAAGAACGCUUCAUCGAUUUACCAAAUAUAAGUCCAACAAACGAUCUUAAUACUUUGGAAUUAUUAAAUAAUCAGAAACUAGAUGAAGAUGAAAACACGACCCGUGAAAGUGAUUAUAAAAGGUAUAGUCGAGAUUACUACAUCAAUGGCAGUCUAACAACGCCGCAAACAUCACCAGCAAGAGAUGUUUCUGCACGUGAAACUAAGGAUAUCCGAGAGACCAGACCCUCAACAUCCACCUCCUAUUAUAACCACUUUAACAAUCUCAGUAACGACGACAAUGAGGACGAAGAUGAUAAUUUAGAUUUACAUUCCCAGCGCUCAUGGAAGAGUAGUUCUGCACUUAAUUCCAAACGUAGAACCGUUAGUAUGUUAAGUUUAUUUAGUGCUGAUAGCAGUAGAUCUAGUAAUAUGUCACGCAAUAAUUACAAAGAUGCUAAUGUUUUGACUCAAUUUGAAAAGCAAUUGCUACAUAAAGAUUUGAAGCGCAACAGUUUUAGGGCUGUAUCAGCAACAACCAAAGAUUUCGUACUAAAUCCCCUAUACGAAAAGGAUCAAUUUUUCAAUGGUGACAAAGCUCUAAAGCUAUCCAUAGUUAAACCCCAGCAAAGUUCUCAACAAACCAAUCGGCACGAAGAGCCUGCUGGGGACUCCGGUGUUGACAGUUGUUUCCCCAAUGAAUCGAAACACUAUGACAAUACCUUGCUAUUUUAGUUGAAUGUCAUUGGAAAUAAAAUACUGGCUAUCUUAGCACUUUCUAAAUCUCAAUUCAUGCAAUUCAAUUUCAAAUUUGCCAUAAACAAUAGAAUUAUGUUUUGUUUUAAACAUGAAUUAUAUAGCUUUAAUUAAAAUCCUAACAAAGAUGAAAGUACUUUAAAGUAAAUGAUCACAAAGCCUUAUGUUUGCAAGGGUAUCAAUUAGACGCCUAUUGUAAACGACUUCAAACAAUAACAUUAAUCGACGUGUGUUAUUACGAGUACAUAUUUCUUAAAAUAUACAAUUUUAUUUAAUUAAACUAGUUGCACAUAGAUACAUAUAAUUAAGUAUAAUUGAUAUCCUUACUAAAUAUACUUACAUACUUAUACAUACUAUUUAUUUAGUUACUAGUCAAAUGCACACUUUUAUUUAAAUACCCAAAAGUAACUACAAUCCAAUAAUUACAUACAUAAAAUAUUUGCCAAUGUAGCUAAAAAUUAGUGCCAUGCUCUUGAACUUAACGAUUCUUAUAAGUCGUAAACAAAAGAAAAACAAAUUCUAAAUAAGAGAACUAAGUUCUUUCUGUUUUUACGAACAAAUAUUAGAAACAUGUUGCAGUUGUAUCAACUUUCUUUAAUUUACACUUAAAGAAAAAAAGUCAUAUUUCUUCGUUAUAAUAUUAAGUAAAUAUAUCGCCAACAUGUUUUUAAUAUUUUAAAAUUUUUAUUUAACACUUCAUUAUUAUUAUAACUAUUCUAGUUUUUGCUUUUAAUUUGAUCGUUAAUUUGAAAUAAAGGUUUGAAUUUCACAAAGAAACAAAUGUUUUUAGUAAAAUUUUUACAUAAUUAUUUAACAUUAUACAUAUGUAUAAACAGAAUCGGUAAAAACACACACACCCAAAUGAAUUGAAAAUAUGUAAAAUUUUAAGGUAAGUAAAUACACGGAUACAUGACUGAUAUGUAUGUAUGUGUGUAAGCAAAUGUAAUUAAAAUCAAUGCUACUAAUUUAAAAUUUUUUCUUAAAUUAAUAUGGUUUGUAUUAAACUUUCUACAAUUAUAGUCUCAAAGUUAACAAAAAAAUAUGCUAAAAUUUUACUAACAGCAUUUGUUUCGUAGUUUUAGAAUAUCACUAUAAUUUUCAACUAAUUCUAUUACAUUAUUUAACUAACACCAAACAUAACACCUUUUUCAUUAAAUGUAUUUACAAAUCACCUUUGAAAUAUGUGAAAUUUUUAAACAUGUUUAUUUCUACUAAAACAAUAAUUAUUACAAUUUUAAGGAUUCUUAAAACAUUUUAAAAUUUGGAAGCUCUUUUAACUUAAGUUCUUAACUUCUUCUUUGAAGUAUACAUACAUAUACAAAUUUGAAAUGUAAUUUAAUUCUUAAUAACAUUUCUAAAUUCCAGCUUGGAACUUGAUUUUUGAAUUUUAUCAGCAACAUUUUGUAAUUUUGAAGUUUUUACGAUUUGUCUAUACAUAUUAAAUAUUAAUCACUAAAAAAGUUAAAAAAAAAUAGGUUAUGAAUAAUGCAGUAUUUUGUUUAAAAUAGAAAACAAAUCUAUUAAGCAUUUCAGUUAUUUUACACCAUAAUUAAGCUUAAUUUGCAAUAGAAUAAAGGCAAUGGGAAGCUUACAGAACAGACCAAUUUAUCUUACAGUUCUUGACACAUUUACCUUAUAAUUUAUUUAGCUUUUUACGCAAUAAUAACUCUGAUUUAAUAAAAUCGUUUUAACUUUAUAUUUUUGCCCAAAAAAAAAAA